AUGGAAACUCAGAAUACGAAUAGCCAGAGCAAGCUCACCCGAACCAAAUCCUCGCUGCUUCGGUGUUCUUCUCCGACCAACCGAUCCUCCAUUCAUAGCCUCGGUUCUGUAAACGAAGACGAGUUUUACGAUGUAGAGAAACUCGAUAAGAAGAAGAAAAACGGAACUAAAAAGAAUAAGAAGCGCCGGUUCAGUUCCGGUUCCGGUUCAGGUUCGGGUUCGAUCCGGUUCGUUGCUGCUCCGAUUCUAGGUUUUUUCAGCGGGUGUUCACUCUUCUUCUACGUUUUCUAUUUUUUCUAUAUUGGUUCAGUGGGUCCCACUUCCGAGAACGUGUUGCUGAUUCUAAUAUUCGUGGCUGUAGCGCUUUACUUGGUAAACAGGAACAAACGCGUGAUUCAUAGAAGCUUUUCGGUUUUGAAACAUUCAUGGGACGGGAAUUUAAAACGACUCGGGUUUAGUUCCAGAGGAAGUGAAAAACCGGUUCAGUGGUUCAUCGGUGAAACCGGUUCUGCGGAUAAGGAGAAGGUGAAAGUGAAGGAGAAUGGAACAAGGAAAGAGGGUGUGGAGUGUUAUAGCAAUGGUGAUUUUUACGAAGGAGAGUUUCAUGGAGGAAAGUGUAAUGGAAGUGGAGUUUAUCAUUAUUUUGGGAGUGGAAGAUAUGAAGGUGAUUGGGUUGAUGGAAAGUAUGAUGGUUAUGGAUUUGAGAGCUGGGCUAGGGGAAGUCGUUAUAAGGGUUGUUAUAGACAAGGUUUGAGACAUGGUUAUGGAGUUUAUAGAUUCUAUACUGGUGAUUCUUAUUCUGGAGAAUGGUGCAAUGGACAGAGUCAUGGUUUCGGUGUUCAAUCUUGUUCCGAUGGUAGUUGUUAUGUUGGUGAGUUUAAGUUUGGUGUCAAACAUGGACUUGGAUGUUACCAAUUUAGAAAUGGAGAUAAAUAUACUGGGGAGUAUUUUGGAGACAAAAUCCAUGGAUUUGGGGUCUACCAUUUUGCGAAUGGACAUUGUUAUGAAGGAGCAUGGCAUGAAGGUCGUAGGCAAGGUUAUGGUGUUUAUAGUUUUCGAAAUGGAGACCGAAAACUUGGUGAAUGGGAUGGUGGCAUCCUCAGACAAUCUCUACCACCACAUACUCAUGCUGUUCUUACAUCAGUUCAGGCUGCUAGGAGAACAGCAGAAAAUGCUGUAAACCUUCUCCGGAAUGAUGAACAAGUGAACAAAGCAGUUACCGCCGCGAACAGGGCCGCGGUUGCUGCUAGAGUUGCAGCAGUGAAAGCAGUUCAGAAUAGAAUGGGUGGAAAAUUUUGCAAUGACCAAGUUUAA